AUGGGCAUUGCUGCAUACCGCUCUGCGUUAACUCUGGACUGGUUAGCUGCAGAAGACCUUCGUCAGAGGGAACUAGCAGCUGCUUUCGAGACAGAGGCUUCUCCAGCAAGAGUCGUCAGCUCAGACUGUGUCGCCUAUCCAAAACCAAGCGCGGGAAAAAUUGGGAGGCUUAUGUUAGAGCUGCUAAAGAAUUUAGAAGGCGACGAUGGCGUAUUAGUGCCAGAACUAAUGCAAGUCUUGGUUAAAACGAAGAUAUUAGUGGAAUCCUCUAUGUUCGAUUCGGAACCAGACUUCGAGUCUCUGGUGAAAACUCCGGAUGUAAUGAUGGGUGAGCCCCAUAUCACCUUCCCCAGAAUAUUGGCGAUUAUAUGGAUGAUCGUCACAGACCCUGUCGCUACGAAUAAGUAUGGAUGGUGUCCUAUAAAAAAGGUUAACAAGUACUUAUCAUCAGAGAGGCCCUACGAAGUGGCGAAACAGAUGCGCGCCAUGGACAUAGUGGUAGCACGCGCUCGAUUUAUCAUGGAGGAGUUCAUACAGAGUGUAAUGCCUACUAAUAUGUACCAGAAGACUACCAUUAGGGAAAAGAAAAUCAGACAACCGAAUACCACAUGGAAACAUGGCAAAAAGCGGGCUCCUGACCUGGUGACCUUUCCCACGUUCUCGACUUCAAAUAAACAAUCUUCUUUGGAAGCAGAGAUGCUGCAGAGUGGGAAUAUUAUUGAUAAAGCCAACGAUAUCACUAGCAGAUCGAAUUCUCUUAAACUUGUGUCGCCUUUGUGUCCUACAGUGCAUUUGCAUAUUGAAAUACCCGAUUUAUCAGAAGACAGAUGGACAUAUAGGCAAAGACUAUAUGACGAAGAGAUGCCUUGCUUACACAUACAGCCUUCCAACAAGGAUAUAAUAAAACGAUUCUAUGCUAUAUUGCCAUACUUCGAUCGAGACCACUCGAACACAGCGUUCCUCCGUAAGUACCGUGCUACAGUACAUGGUCUAACGGACACAGAGGAUCUACUAGACCGUGAAGCUGCGUAUCACGCUGCAGUACUCACCCCGCUGGUAUUCCUCCAUCAGUAUAGGGAUACUUGGUGUCUUCUAGAACGGUUCCACCGAGCCCUGCGUUUGUAUCAGAUAUCGCACCCAACGGAGAAGAGGUCGGCUCUUAAGCUGCUGCAGAAUUUUCGAGCCGUCAAUAACAAGGUCCGUGCGUUUGUAAUGGACUUGCCUAGUUCCGCACCUCUGCCAAGAACAACGAUGUACCCUGAUGAUGACGAAGAGAUACAUGACAAGAAGGAUAUUAAAUUUCUUAAGGAGCUUGUUAAGAACCUUGGUUGA